GGAUGUGGCCGCAGCGUUUCUCCCUCAUUCUGAGUGCGAUCGUCUCAGGUUCUGUCUCAGCUGGAUGGAAGCUGACCGUCUCUCCAGGGGUCAGAGUCUCCAGAGGGGAAGAUGCUGUCCUCGGCUGCUUCUUCACCCCCACACGGGAUUAUUCAGGAAUGAUCAAGGUCACAUGGAAGUUCAUAGCAUCAAACACUCCUCCGUUCUUGGACUGUCCAGUAAAAAAUUAUUCCAUGCAUGGAGCCAAUCCCUGUGCAUUUUCCGAUUUAAAACAUUCCCUGAAAGGAGACCCUCGAUGGGGGAAUGGGUCGCUCCUCAUCAGGGAUGUACAGCUGACUGAUAACGGCACGUACUUCUGCAGAGUGAAGCUCGACGGGUGGAAGAACUUUAAGGAAGCAAAGACAAAGCUUUAUGUUGGAGCUGAGCCUCACAUCCUGAACCUCUCUGUGGUGGAGAUGCCCUGUGGCUCAGACAGCGCCCCCCGGAGGCUGCAGUGUCAAGCUGAAGGUAACCCGCCGCCUAAGAUUGUGUGGCUGUUGGCCUCCAGACGCAUGUUAGAGAACAAGGGUGAGUCCUCACAGUCCAGCCCGUACCAUGUGACCAGCUGUGUGCCGUACCUGGAGGAGGAGGAGCUCACCUGCAGGGCGGAGAGUGCACUAAACCACACGGAGAGGACGUAUCCAACCAGAGAGCCUCAGGAUCAGAGUGAAGAGAGUGAAGAGAGCGACUCUCUGAAGAUCCCUCUGAUCGUGCGUGGUGUCAUCACUCUCCUGAUCCUGAUCGCAGGAAUCGUCUUUUACUGCCUGAGAAACAGUUGUCAGCAGCAGGUCUCAGACUCCGCAGCAGGAAAUCCUCAGACAGUUCAUUCAGCCGGCGCCAUGUCCGACUCCACUUCCCCUCCAGAAACCAACGAGGAAGCAGGUGAGUGAGGAGCUGACAGCUGACAGAGCGACCAGGGUCAUGUGCCAUCUGAGGAACUCCAGGUGUGGAAAAACACCAGUCAGAAAACAUUGUCCUGUUCUCAGGAACAACCCAGUGAGACGAGGCCCGGCUGUUUUUCCCAAGAGCCUGAAGACUUUUAAUGAUUUACUGUCCACAGAAGUACAGCAGCAUCCUGUCAAAGCUUUGUAAAGCCAGUCUUCUCUUCUUUUCCAUUUAAGCUUUGUCUUCAGCACAAACAGCAACAGAGUUCCUGACAUUUAUAAGCACAAUUAAGAUAUUCAGUCACAUUGUUUUUACUGAGCUAUUGCACAAACCAUUACAUCAUUCCUUUAUUCUGCUGUGUUUUAAGGAGAGAUUGAUUUUGUUUCCAGUGUUGUGGAGAAAACUUGUAAUGAAGACAGAAAAAAAUAAACAUUCAAACACAGUCUGUGAUUGGUCAGACGACACAAACUCACCAGUGUGGUGAGUUUUAUUGUAAAA